CUGGCUUGGUGCCCCUCCUUCUUUACCUAUUCGUCCCACGCCGCGACACUUUUCCCCUUCGCCACGCCUCCUUUUCGCUAACUAGAAAAAGGAUGCCGCCUCCUGCCAGGCUGAGAGAUCGACCCGGGCGAAAUGAAAGGACCCACCCUCCGGAGCGAUCCCCUCCACCGACUGCUCAUUGAUUGAGUGGCGCGAGACUGUCACUGAGUUAAACAAUUAAGGAUCGGAGGCAACGGAGCGAGCGGUGGUCGGAGCGCGCUUAGCAACUUAGGCAGCGCGGGGACCGGAGUCUUAAAAGAUGGAAUGUUGAUUUAGUGCUCACUGCUAUGAAAAGCAAGCCUGGUUGCCGCACGCGAAGUUAGAAGUUAUCUUUCUGGGGCUGGGUUGCUCUGAGCCAAGGCGAAGAGUUACUCCAGGGUGCACCGGGAACUGCAAGGGAAGUUUGUGCCUUUUUGCGGACAGCAAAGAAAGGGAUGAAGUUCAGGCUUUGCCAAAGUGUCCCUCUGGCCCUUUCGGCCGCCGUUCGUUGUUGCUCUUCUUAGGAAGCCGCCGCCAAUUGCGCGAUGCCCUACUGACUCCGUUUAGCCCGCGGUUCCCGCCCCCUCCGCUUCUGGCGGAGCCGAAGUAUGGAGCUUUUCCUCUGUCCCUCCUGCCGCUUGGUUCUCUGGGACCCAGUGACCGUCUCGUGCGGCCAUACCUUCUGCAGGGGGUGCCUGGGCGAAGCCUUGCCUUCGAAGUGCUGCCUCUGCGGGGGGAAACUCGCUCUCUUGGGCUCGCGGACGGUGAGCUCGAACGUCCUGCUCGGGAACUUGUUGGAAAGGGGCUUGGAUUCGGACGCCAAGGUGGCCCGGUUGAAAAGGGACUUGCAGGAGCUGGUGGGCAACAGGAAUUUCCAGGGAGCGCUGAGGACGCUUCAGAAGGGGAUCGCCUUGGCUCCAGAUGAUCUUACAUUAAGGGUGUGCAGAUCAGAACUUUACAUGGCUUUACGGCAGUACGAAGGGGCUCUUGAGGACUUGGAGAUUCUGUGCGAGCACAAGCCAGAAGAAUGUGAAGCCUUUUUUAGAAAAGGGAAAGUGCUCUUGGAAGUAGGGAAACAAUCUGAAGCCCUGCUGCAGUUCCAACAUUGCCUUACGCUGAAUUCCAGUUUCCGUGCUGCCCAGUUUGAGGUGGAAAAGGAUGGCUGAAUUCUCACAAAUGAUGCCUCCCCUAUUCCCAGUACUGUUGUGGAGUUGAAGAGCAAUGCUAGUCAGAACUUGGAAGCUUCUAAUUCAGAACAGUUUGCUUUUCUUGGGACUUUUGAAGGAGAACCCCUACAGGAUAUGAAGAAACAAAAAGAAAUUUGGCUGGAAGAAGCUAUGUCUCAUCACAGCCAGGCAGCACUUCCCAUGUCGCAACGGAUGAGGAAGAAGUACAGCUCAGACUUUUCUGCAAAUAAAGAAGAAGAUUUGGAGGAGGAUGCAUCACCAGAUACAUCAGGAACUAGAUCACCAGAUACAAAAUCUACUGAGGGCUAUUGUCCAAACAUCAUGGGCUUCCUGACUACAUCAGACUUGGAAUGUUCUCUUUGUAUACGUAUGUUCUAUGAGCCUGUGACCACACCAUGUGGCCACACUUUCUGCAAGGAGUGUAUGGAGCGUUGCCUGGACCAUCGACCCAACUGCCCUCUUUGCAAGCAAAGCCUACGAGAGUACCUGAGAGCUGGAAAAUACAAUACUACCAUUCUGCUUGAAGAGUUGAUGACAGCAGUCUUCCCUUCACAACUGGCAGAAAGGAAACUGGUUCACCAAGCUGAAACGGUAGAACUUUCAAACCUAAACAAGAAUAUCCCCAUCUUUGUGUGCACCAUGUCAUUUCCAGGUAUUGUGUGUCCCCUUCAUGUGUUUGAACCUCGCUAUCGACUCAUGAUGCGAAGAUGUCAGGAGACCGGCACAAAGAUGUUUGGCAUGUGCAUGUAUGAAAAUGGGAAAAGCUUUGCUGACUAUGGCUGCAUGCUGGAGAUUCAGAAAAUAGCAUUUUUUCCUGAUGGACGAUCCCUAGUGGACACCAUAGGCAAGAGGAGGUUUAGAGUUUUGAGACGAGGGCACAGAGAUGGCUACAACACGGCAGAUGUUGAAUAUUUGGAAGACGAGAAGAUGGAAGGAGAAGAACAGGCUGAGCUCCAGAAUUUGCAUGAUUAUACCUAUCAGCUAACCCAGAGAUUUUAUGAACAUGGGGACAGAACUUUCAGACAACUUGUGAUGCACCAUGGACCACUUCCUGAAAAAGAGGAAGACAUACAGGCAUCACCAGAUGGACCAGUUUGGUGUUGGUGGCUUAUAUCUGUGUUACCCCUUGACUUGACCCACAAGUUGACCAUUUUUUCUGACACCUCCCUGAAGGCACGUCUCACCGAACUAAAGCAUAUUCUGAACAUCAUUCUGGAAAGUCGUGACUACAGCUGCUAAUGCUCAGACUUACCACAAGGAAGUUUUAGAUAAUGUAGAAGAGAGAAGAGUGGAUAUAUGCGGAAUUACCCACCAUUUCUCUCUUUGGGUUUGGGGUAUAGCGGUGCCAAUCUAGUGUCCUCCAGAGGUCCUGGGACUAAAAUUCCUGGAAUUUCCAGCCAGCAGGAUAACUGGGGAAUUCUGCAAGUUGUAAUCCCAGCACAUCAGAUGGGUGCCAAGUUGGGGUGGUCAAAGCCUUAACCUCUUUAUUUCCGUCUUUAUUGUGAUUAUUUUGUUACUGUAGAACUGACUUCAGCUGUAGUCCUUGAACCAGGGCCCUGAAGCUGGUGUGCAGUUGUAGCACUGUUUGCACUUUUGUAAAGCAUGCUGGCUGGGAAGCCAAAAGUUCUCAAUCAAAGCAUACAGAAAUCACCAAAAAUGGGAAAGGCUGCUCUGUUGUUCAGAAAAAUGGAUAGCGACAAGGCAACUUUAGUUCUUAGGAGAACCAGCUACAAAAAAUGUGCCAUGAGACUCCUGAUUUUUUAUUUUCAUUUUUCCAAUACCAAACAAUACCAAUAAAGUACAACUAUUCUUUUUCUUUUCCUUAGCAAUUAAUAUUGAUCAAUUGGAAAGGUGUUGGGGUAUUGGGCUAUCGGUUGUCUAGUCUGUAUUAUUUCAGAUUUUGAGCACCACUUUGAGAUAAUAUUGGACUCAAGUAUCUCAGAAAUUUAUGUAUUUGUGGCUUCUAGGGAUGGGAAGUAUACUGUAUAGAUUUGUUUUUAAAAAUUGUAAAGUUGGGAGGGAGAAAUGGAAACAAUACAAUUUCUCCCAUUAAGUUCUUUUGCUUGCCUUAAACUAUCUUGGUGGUGUUCUUUUGUUUUGUGUAUUACAAUGGAAGAGGAAUUCAACUGCUAAAUCAGAGGCAUUUUGUCCAUAUGCUUUUUCCAAUUUUGCAUUUGUUUCUAUAUUUAUUUGGAACCCUUGGGAUAGAUUUUAAAUGUUGAAUAGAAUUUAGGCUUAGAUUGUACCAACCUUUAUAUCUGACCCUUAUCUUAAAUCCUUAUUCAGGGGAAAGGGAUAAUAAAAUGGCAUCUGAUAUUUAUAGGACGUAAUUGAGAUUUAACAGCCUUUUGGGCUAUUUUACCAUGCUGCUACCAGCUGCUUAUUUCUCUGCUUACUUCCAAAUGUCAUCUUUAUAACCCACUUGUUUUGAGCCUAUUCUUUUGUACUGUGUGCCUCAUCAGAGAGAGUAAUAAGUUUCUGUAACUGAAAGAUAUAAAAUGGUUAAAAGGGGUAGAGCAAAAUUGCAUGAUUGAAAUUUGUACUUAUUUAUUCAUGUGUUAUGAAAUAAACAAAAUUACCAGUUGGAAUUAAAUACCCAAGGAUUUGCCUGAAGUUAAAAAUCUUUGAGAUUUUGUGCUCUUAGCUAUGUGAUCUGGCUGAUUGAAUGUUUUAUUUUUGCUUGUACAAAAUACUUUUUUCCUUGUCAAACUAAUAAACUUUUAUCAUUUGAGCAAAC